GUGCCGCGUUCACCGCUUCGGUUACCGCCGGCGCCGUAGCCAAGGAGGCCGGUGCCCCCUGGUCGGGAGUGGAGGCCGCGCGGCAUGAAGCGGCGCAGGCCCGGUCCUUAGCGCGCGUCAGGACGGUCCGGGCGGGGCCGGGGGGGGAAGGAUUGGAUGGUGAGAAAAGGAAAGACUCCUGUGAGAAGAGAGCAGGAUGAGCAGAGGGAUCUAUGCUUGAAGUUGAGUCACUUCAAAAAGAUCUCUUUGAAUGUGGAAGAGAUCUGAACAGAUGAAAAUACAAUCAGGAAAAUGCAACAUGGCAGCAGCGAUGGAAACAGAACAGCUUGGUGUUGAGAUCUUUGAAACUGCAGAGUGUGAGGAGAAUAUUGAAUCACAGGAUCGGCCUAAAUUGGAGCCGUUUUAUGUUGAACGAUACUCCUGGAGUCAGCUUAAAAAGCUGCUUGCUGAUACCAGAAAAUAUCAUGGCUACAUGAUGGCUAAGGCACCACAUGAUUUUAUGUUUGUGAAGAGGAAUGAUCCAGAUGGGCCUCAUUCGGACAGGAUCUAUUACCUUGCUAUGUCUGGUGAGAACAGAGAAAAUACACUGUUUUAUUCUGAAAUUCCCAAAACCAUCAACAGAGCAGCAGUCUUAAUGCUCUCUUGGAAGCCUCUUUUGGAUCUUUUUCAGGCAACACUGGACUAUGGAAUGUAUUCUCGAGAAGAAGAACUAUUGAGAGAAAGAAAACGAAUCGGAACAGUUGGAAUUGCUUCUUAUGAUUAUCACCAAGGAAGUGGAACAUUUCUAUUUCAAGCUGGUAGUGGAAUUUAUCACGUAAAAGAUGGAGGGCCACAAGGAUUUACUCAACAACCCUUACGGCCCAAUCUAGUGGAGACUAGUUGUCCCAACAUUCGGAUGGAUCCAAAAUUAUGCCCAGCGGAUCCGGACUGGAUUGCUUUUAUACAUAGCAAUGAUAUAUGGAUAUCCAACAUUGUAACGAGAGAAGAAAGGAGGCUUACGUAUGUGCACAACGAGCUAGCCAACAUGGAAGAGGAUCCAAGAUCAGCUGGAGUUGCUACCUUUGUUCUUCAAGAAGAAUUUGAUAGAUAUUCUGGUUAUUGGUGGUGUCCAGAAGCUGAAACAACUCCCAGUGGCAGUAAAAUUCUUAGAAUUCUGUAUGAAGAAAAUGAUGAAUCCGAAGUGGAAAUUAUUCAUGUUACAUCCCCUAUGUUGGAAACAAGGAGGGCAGAUUCAUUCCGUUAUCCUAAAACAGGCACAGCAAAUCCAAAAGUCACUUUUAAGAUGUCGGAAAUACUGAUUGAUGCUGAAGGAAGGCUUAUAGAUGUCAUAGAUAAGGAACUAAUUCAGCCUUUUGAGAUUCUGUUUGAAGGAGUUGAAUAUAUUGCCAGAGCUGGAUGGACUCCAGAGGGAAAAUAUGCGUGGGCUAUCCUACUAGAUCGCUCCCAAACUCGCCUACAGAUAGUGUUGAUCUCACCUGAAUUAUUUAUCCCAGUAGAAGAUGAUGCCAUGGAAAGACAGAGACUCAUCGAGUCAGUACCUGACUCUGUGACGCCACUGAUUAUCUAUGAAGAAACAACAGACAUCUGGAUAAAUAUCCAUGACAUCUUUCAUGUUUUUCCCCAAAGUCAUGAAGAUGAAAUUGAAUUUAUUUUUGCCUCUGAAUGCAAAACAGGUUUUCGUCAUUUAUAUAAAAUCACAUCCAUUUUAAAGGAGAGCAAAUACAAACGAUCCAGUGGUGGGCUGCCUGCCCCAAGUGAUUUCAAGUGCCCUGUCAAAGAGGAAAUAGCAAUUACCAGCGGUGAAUGGGAAGUUCUUGGCCGGCAUGGAUCUAAUAUCCAGGUUGAUGAAGUCAGAAAGCUGGUAUAUUUUGAAGGCACCAAAGACUCUCCUUUAGAGCAUCACCUGUACGUGGUCAGUUAUGUAAAUCCUGGAGAGGUGACAAGGCUGACCGACCGUGGCUAUUCCCACUCUUGCUGCAUCAGCCGGCAUUGUGACUUCUUUAUAAGUAAGUAUAGUAACCAGAAGAAUCCACACUGUGUGUCCCUUUACAAGCUCUCAAGUCCUGAAGAUGACCCAACCUGCAAAACAAAGGAAUUUUGGGCCACCAUUUUGGAUUCAGCAGGUCCUCUUCCUGACUAUACCCCUCCAGAAAUUUUUUCUUUUGAAAGCACUACUGGAUUUACAUUGUAUGGGAUGCUAUACAAACCUCAUGAUCUACAACCUGGAAAGAAAUACCCGACUGUGCUGUUUAUAUAUGGUGGUCCUCAGGUGCAGUUGGUGAAUAAUCGGUUUAAAGGAAUCAAGUAUUUCCGAUUGAAUACCCUAGCCUCUCUGGGUUACGUGGUUGUAGUGAUAGACAACAGGGGAUCCUGUCACCGAGGGCUUAAAUUUGAAGGCGCCUUUAAAUAUAAAAUGGGUCAAAUAGAAAUUGACGAUCAGGUGGAAGGACUCCAAUAUCUAGCCUCUCAAUAUGAUUUCAUUGACUUAGAUCGUGUGGGCAUCCAUGGCUGGUCCUAUGGAGGAUACCUCUCCCUGAUGGCAUUAAUGCAGAGGUCAGAUAUAUUCAGGGUUGCUAUUGCUGGGGCCCCAGUCACUCUGUGGAUCUUCUAUGAUACAGGCUACACGGAACGUUAUAUGGGUCACCCUGACCAGAAUGAACAGGGCUAUUACUUAGGAUCUGUGGCCAUGCAAGCAGAAAAAUUCCCCUCUGAACCAAAUCGUUUACUACUCUUACAUGGGUUCUUGGAUGAGAAUGUCCAUUUUGCACACACCAGUAUAUUACUGAGUUUUUUAGUGAGGGCUGGAAAGCCAUAUGAUUUACAGAUCUAUCCUCAGGAGAGACACAGCAUAAGAGUUCCUGAAUCUGGAGAACAUUAUGAACUGCAUCUUUUGCACUACCUUCAAGAAAACCUUGGAUCACGUAUUGCUGCUCUGAAAGUGAUAUAACUUUGACCUGUGUAGAACUCUGGUAUACACUGGCUGUUUAACCAGAUGAGGAGGUUUAAUUAGUAGAGAAUUUAUCAUCACAUUUUGGUACCUGCCACAUAACAUCUACUUCUGAAAGUAUAUUUGGUGCCAUGCAGGUGUUUACAGCUUGUAGAUAGUAAUCUAAUACCUUAACCAUACACAAAAUUAAAUGAUACAUAUUUCUAAGGGACCCAGCAAUACCAUGAGAAUUACUGAAAGAAAUAAGACAUUAGUACCAUGUAUCCAUACUACCUUAUUUUCAUUUUUAAUAGCAUUAUGAAACCUCAUGGACUUAAUUAGUGUAUUUUUACAGUAUACUUCUGAAUUUGUUAAAAUAUGAUAUUAGUGAUUGGUUUGGUUCAAUUCCAGAAUCUCUGACUAGUUACAGAUUUGAUAGCACUUAAAUGUAAUUGAAUAGCUUAUACUACAUUGCUUGGGGUGUAUCCAGCAUGUUAUGAACUAAUCACUAUUAAACCUAUGGCUUAACCGGUCAUUAAUGAUUUUUCAAGGAUAACUUAGUAGCCUCCUAAAGACACUUAAUUUUGUUUCAUUCAGACUCUGACCAGUUUUUAACCAAUUUAAACUGUAUCUAGUAUAAAUAGUUCUCUUUGAUGAUAUGACCGAGUGGGUUUUUCCUUUCACAUAAAGGCAAGUAACUGUAUAUGUAGCAUGGAUUUAAUUAGUCUUAUAAUAUUGAUAAUUACAGACAGGAAAGUUUUAAUCAAAUGAUUAGAGCUUAAAUAUUUGCAGGCAAUUUCUUUCACUUUAGGAAAAGAAAAAAGUACACAUUCACUUGUAUUUUUCAGAAAAUUUAGUGGUGCCAGUUUCCAUUGGGUAUUUCCUCAUUGAAAUAUUCCAGAGUUUUAGGGCAGUGGAGGGGAAUUUUGGUGGGGUGGGGGAGACCAGAGUGUGGAGAACGGCAGGGAGAGGAGAAGGCAAGGGUCUGCUUAAGAUCUAAGCAGAAGUAUAAUUUGACAAAAAAUACUCAUGAAAAAGUUUAGGAAUUGAAAUUUAAACUCCUAGAAUAUUAGUUAAGGAAACCAGAUUAAGAAAUCACACUCUUGCCAACACAGGUACAGACUAACAUUAUUCAGGGGAGGAAAAGUUCCUUAGAGUUACUUUUACAAUUCUAAUUCUAAUUUUUUUAAUUUUCUUCUUAAUUUUGGAAACCUUACAAAUUGAAACUUUCUUUAACCUUUUUAAAUUAUUUGAAUAUUAUUUAGAUAUUGUGAGCUUAAAGAGUUUCCAGACAACCUCUUUACCAUAAACUGAUCCCCAGCAAGGCAUGGCUCUCUUUUGCAAUGUUCAAAGCUUAUAAGUGAGUUCUUGAAUGACCGUGACAUUUUUCUGGUUUAGCCCUAGCAGUUGACUAUUAAGGGAGCUCAUAGUGCCGAUUGGGAUCUGCCAUCUUAGAAUCUUAGGGUGUUAGAUGGGUCACAUUGGAGCCAGUGGCAGAGAAGGCACCUAUGAGUUUGACAAGCCUCAGUGUUUGGAAAGUACUUCUAAACAACACUCCAAAAAAAAAAUUACUCUCUUCUUUCUCACCACUACAGAGAGAGUAGAUUUCUGCCCUAGAGAGCACAGCCUCCAUUAGUAAGGAUGGUGACUGUGCAUGAGAUGUGGACUUCAUCACUAAGGGCCGCAUGGGAGGUGGGGGAGGUCCAGAGAUGGCAGGGUGACCUGGUGGUGCUGUCUGUGGAGGGGGAUUGGGUUUUGCUGUUUUUGUAUUUAUACUGUAUAAUAGGUACCACACUUUUCCCUGUGUCUGUAUAUGUAUUGAUUUUCUUGUUAUGAUAUUUUCCCAUGCCAAUAUUUGUUUAUAUUUUUUUCAAUGUUAAAUUAAAUUGAUUUGGGUAACUUUUCUUCCCCAAGAAAGUAUUUUCCCCCAUGACUUAAGUAUGUAUCUGAUUACUGAAGAUGGUUUUUGUCUAGGGACUAGUGGCAUCUGACCAUCUAACCUUAUAUAAUAUGCAAAGUAGAAAUGCUAUACAGUGGCUUUUAUACAGCUACUCAUUUGAAACCUCUUACCCAAUAAGGCUGUUUCUUCAAAAUGGCAUCUCAUAUUUUAUCAAAACAAACCUUAAAGAACCUCAUGGACUCUUGAAUUCACAGGUGUUUUCCUUUUGCAUCUUGCCUUCUGCUUUCCUCCCAUCACAAGGAAUGCUUCUGUUAUAAUUCCCAGUCAGUUAAAUGCCAUUCUCCUUCCAUAGGGGGAAAAAUACCUGACUGAAUUCGCUUACAGAAAGACAGCUCAACUGAAUUUGAUUUUAAAAUCAAUGUGGAAAACAUCAUAGUCAAUUCAAGCAAUCAGUAGAAAUCUCACUAAAACUAUUUGUACCCUGUGUUUGGGUAACAAACUAAAAGGCAAGAGUAUAGCAGCAUUUUUAGUGAGAACCAAAAAGCACUAGCUUAAACAUCAAAGGGGGGUUUUGCAGGUUUGAUAAUUGGGUGCACUUGAACAACCAUCAGUAGUUAUGGUUGCUUCUGCGUUGUUGAGCAGUGGGACUCAAAAUCUAAGAUUCAUCUGGGAUGCUUAUGAAAAGAAAUGCAAUCUUGAACCUCACUCUUAGAAAUUUGGAUUUUAUUGAUUUAAGUGGAGACCAGGAAUCUGCAUUUCUAACAAGCUUCCCAGGUGACUCUAAAGCAAGUCAUUUGUGGGCUACUUUAAGAAACUCUUCUGCAGAGAAUGAGUUGGAUUAAGAAAAUAAUAGGUGAUUUCUACACUGGACUGUUUGACAAGAACCUAAAACAAUAGUCAAGAUAGCUGCUCAUCUGUGAUGACUGUUGGCCCUUUUUUCACUCUGAAAAAAGCAGAAGGUAUCAUUAACUAUAUAUCCCCUUGGUCUGGAGAUUAAUUUUGGAGUGAAGGUUUUUCUGUCUAUGCCAUUCCUGGCUUGUUUCCAAAGCCUCACAAGAGGAUGAAGUCACAAUGCAUGCAUUAUUUUUCAGAAGAAUGAGAUAUAGAUAUUGAUGCUUACUUUGCUUGUUUUACUUCUUACAGAAGGUGUAUCCCACCUCUCUGUGACAGUGUUCUCUCUUUAGGUGGAAUGAUUCCUAUGAGAUCUCUCAUUAUUACAGAAUUGUAAAACUUUCAAGCUGUUUCAUCUUUGGUAUAAUCUGGUGUUCUCAUUAUUUAGAGGAGGAAACCUCCAUAUAGAGAGAGGAGAAAAUAUACCCAUGGUCACACAGCCAGUUAGUGUUUGGUUGGUGCUAGACUCCAUCCAGAUAUCCUAACUCAUGGUAGUUAAAUGAUAUGUAGAAAAGGCAAAUUUUUAAAGAAGUAUUUAUUAAUAUAUUCCUAUGAAACAUUUUAAAGAUAACAUAAAAUGGUUAAUUUUUCCAUUCUAAAGUAAAUGCUAAGCAUGCUUAUUAAUGAAGCAGUACUUCUAAUUAGUAUAUGACAUUCUGAAGUUAAUUAAAAUUGUUAACACUAAAUGUGUCUUCCUUGGUGUAGUGGGGAGUUUGGGGAUUGGGGUAUAGAGUGCUUGCUUAAGCCUGGGAGCCCAAAUUAUAGCUGUUUAAAGUAAGCAAUGAGACAUGGCCAUAUCUAAACUAAGAUAUGUAAGGUGAGUGUCCAUUCCCAGCAGACAUAAAGGAAUAAGGAAACUUUCCUGACUCCCACCUUCCGAACCCCAACCAGCCUCACCUAAUCCAUCUUGCACCCUGAAAUAUGGAGACAUGUUAGUGCAAGGUGCUGGCUCUUGCUUUUCUUAUUUCAUCAAGAGACAGUUCUAGGUAAUCAUUUGAGAAGUCCCUCAGAGAGAGAAAAAGUAUGUUUGUUUUUACAUAACCCAAAUACAAAUUUAUGUUGUAUUCAGCACAGUUGGAGUUCAGGUCUUUAAUUUUAGAACAUAAAGUGCCUGCUGUUUUAAGCAUUGACUUAUAUAAAAAGAACUGCAUGUCUCACUCCAGUAAGUUUAUGGGUUUUCUUAUUUUCAGCUACAUGGCUUUUAAUCAUGUAAAGUGAAACAUUAGUUUUGUUGCAUUUUAUUACAGGUUCUUUGUUGCAAUAAAGAUGCUGCUAAAAUAA